ACGUACCCGACUUAAUCAUAUACUAAAAUCGAACAUUUCAAAGCUUUCUCUUUGUUGUUAUUCUUGAAAAAGAAAGUGUCUAAAUUAAUAAAUUUGAGCAACAUAAUAGCUUAUAAUAUAAUGUUUUAUAGUAUCAUGGUUAUAUUCUUCAUUUCUUUUUUGUUACUAUUUAUAAAUUGUUGUGAAGGGAAAGUGCAAUUACCAAAUAACAUGGUAGUAAAAGCAGUAUUUGCAUUUGGAGAUUCAAUAGUUGAUCAAGGAAGUAAUAAUUAUGUAUCAACUAUAGUAAAGUGUAAUUUUCCACCUUAUGGUAAAGACUUUAACGGUGGAUUGCCCACCGGAAGAUUCAGCAACGGCAAGACGCCGCCAGAUUUAAUAGUUGAAGAAUUGGGGAUAAAAGAUUUUGUGCCAGCUUAUUUAGAUCCAAAUUUGAAAAUUGAAGAUCUCAUAACUGGAGUAAGCUUUGCAUCUGGUGGUUGUGGAUAUGACCCUCUUACAGCUACCAUCGUGUCAGCUAUACCUCUAUCAACACAAUUAAAUCAGUUUAAAGAGUAUCUUUCCAAGCUAGAAGUGCUAGUUGGUGAAGAAGAAGCUAAUGAUAUUUUAAAAAAUAGCCUAUUUUUGGUGGUUGCUGGUAGUGAUGAUCUUGCAAAUACAUAUUUCACUGCUGGAGUUCGAUUAAAGAAGGAUGUAAACUCAUAUACUGAUCUCAUGGUGGCCAAAGCUUCUGAAUUUGUCCAAGAAUUGUACAAUUUAGGAGCAAGAAAAAUUGGGAUAUUUGGAAUUCCACCAAUAGGAUGUGUGCCAUCACAAAGAACACUAGCUGGUGGGCCUCAUAGAGUGUGUUCUGAAGAAUACAAUGAAGCAGCCCAAUUGGCCAACACAAAAUUCUCUACUGAAAUUCAUUUAUUAUCCAAAAAGUUGGCCCAAUCCAAGCUUGUGUUCUUUGAAAUAUAUAAUCCUCUUCUUGAUCUCAUUGUCAACCCUAAGAAAUAUGGAUUUGAAGAAGUUGAUAAAGGGUGUUGUGGCACAGGAAAAAUAGAAGUGACAGUAUUAUGCAAUAAAUUUAGUGGGACAUGUGAAGAUGAUACAAAAUAUUUAUUUUGGGAUAGUUAUCAUCCAACUGAAAAAGGUUACAAAAUUCUUGUUGAUCAACUCCUCAAUAAAUAUGUCAACCAAUUCUUCUAAA